UGUGCGCGUGCAUGUGUGUGUGGCAAACAGGAAAACAACGUGUGUGAUGAGUGUGUGAUGGGAGGGGUGUAGAGAAACUGGCAACAGUGUGUGUUCCUGGUGCCUUCAAGACAUACUCAGUGCCUCCUACACAGAAGACUCUACAAUGGAUGACUUUGCCUCUGUCUACGAUGAACUCAACUUAACAUACAACUACAACGACUCGGAGUUCAUCCUAAACCCCGGCACUCAUCCCUGCAAAUCCAACUCCAUCCCGAAUGCAGCGAUGGUUGUCGUUGGCGUGUUUUACAUCCUCAUCUUCCUGUUGGCCGUUCCUGGAAACCUGGUGGUGGGGCUGGUGAUCAGCCUGAGCAAGCAGUCGCUGCCCCCCUCUGACCUCUACCUCCUCCACCUGGCCAUCGCCGACCUCAUUCUGGCUUUUACCCUCCCGUUCUUCGCCACAUCCGUCAUGCUGGGAUGGGUGUUUGGAGACGCCAUGUGCAAAGUCGUCACCAUCCUCCAAGAGCUGAGCUUCUACUCCAGCAUCCUCUUCCUGACUUGCAUUAGCGUGGACCGCUACAUGGUGAUCGUGCGAGCCAUGGAGGCGCGCAAGGCUAAUCGGCAGCUGGUCAGCUGGGGAGUGUGUGCUGCCGUCUGGGCUGUUGGAGCUCUUCUGUCUCUGCCGGGUUUUUUUAAUUCUGCCUACAUAUCUAAAAUCACCAAUCAGAUGAUAUGUUCUGAACAGUAUGAUCCCACUAAUGCCUACGAAUGGCGUCUGGCCACUAGACUUCUUCGCCACAUGUUGGGUUUUUUGAUCCCCUUGGCCAUCAUGCUGUCCUGCUAUGGAGUAACUAUCAAGCGUCUCCUUCACAUCCGUGGAGGGUUUCAGCGACAGCGAGCCAUGAGAGUGAUAGUGUCCGUGGUGGCCGCCUUCCUUCUCUGUUGGACGCCAUACCACAUCGCAGUGAUGGCAGACACCCUCUCCAGGGCCAAGAUAGCGCUGUACCAAUGCUUGCCAAGGAUGGCAGUGAAACAGGCCAUGUUCGCCACCCAGAGUCUGGGGCUGCUCCACAGCUGUGUCAACCCAGUGCUGUACGCCUUCGUGGGGGAGAAGUUCAGGAAGAGCUUUUUGCAGAUCCUGAGGAAGAUGCGCAUCCUGGAAAGAACGUCUGUGACCAGAAGCAGCAGGUCUUCACUGUCGUCAGAACUCACAUCCACAUUUAUGUGAUAAACACCAUAGAGACACUUUGAGCUAUUAACAUGGAAUAAUCUCGUCAGUGCUGGAUAACAGAUAACUAGUUUUGAUACCUCUCUAUUUUUUUUAUUGCAAUUCAACAUUAGCAGUUUUUUGAAACUAAAUCAUAAAAAAAAGAGAUAUAUAAUAAUAUAAAUAUUUUGUCAUGCUAUGCUAUAUUGUACUUUUUUAUAUACAUAUUUAAAUGAGACUUCUUGGAGGGAAACUUGCUAAAGCUGUAAACAGAAAAAAAAAUCCCCGUCUUUCCUCAGACAUGUCUAUUUGUUAGGGAACUGUUGACAACAUUCGAUCAAGUUUCAAUUUCAGGUGUAACUAGUGCCAUUUCACAAUGUUAAGACUAAAUAUCCACAUAUGAACACCUAAAUAUGUAGCUGAAAGCUCUGGAAAAAGGUAGAAUUUGAAAUUGAGUUGAGAUACUUUCUUUUAAAUAACAUAUGAAUGUGAUUCUCAAUCUAUGAUUCCAGCUCAAGGUGUGUUGCAUCCAGUGAGUCAGAAACCCAAAACUAUACUGCACAGUGCUGGAUACAUUCAUAAACAUGUUUAGGGUAAUGCAGGGUUAUUUAUGUUUUUUGUAAGUAAAUCUUUUCAUUUUUUUGGUUGAAUAAGCUGAAGACAGCAGGUUUCUAUUGACAUGACACACAAUUUGUAACCUUUGCAAAGUUGCAAGCUUCAUAAAAGUUUUAUAAACAUAUACACUGCUCUCUGUUUCUGAACAUUAUAUAAGUCACCUUAUAUGUCCCAAAGCUGAUAUGACUAGUAAUGUGUUUGGGUUUUUUUAUAUUUAUAUAUGCGCACAGCCUGCUGACCAAUCAUAAUUUACUGCCUGCGGACGAAUCAGAGCUCUGUGUGCGAAGUUUAAAGCUAUGAAGUCAUAUUAUACAUAGGGAUAUUAUAAUGCUGUUAAUAUAUGCAUUCAAACACUCUGAUUUUUUUUUUAACCAGCUGUUCUUCCUGCACCUUGCAGCUGCAACUAUGUGACUUUUAUCCUGGAUUAAGUAUUUAAUUCAUGGAUAUUUAAACCUUUGUCCAGCAGUGUCAUCAAUCAGUAGGGGCUUUGAUUGGGAAUGGUAGGGUCGCCGGUUCAAGUCCCCGAACAGACUUGACAUUUCACUGUGUGUGCAUGUGUGUGACCCAAUACAGAGGGUUCCUCUAAUUCUUCUUAUUUGUCUGACAGGAUAGUUUACUCUUGAUUCAUGAAGUAUGACGCUCUGCUGUCAGUACGCUUCUCCGGGUUUGUGAUUGGUCAAAUGUUGCAAACCCCGCCCCUUUCAAGUGAACCAGCUCAUAGCCGGACAGAGAAACCCUGGGUUGAUUUACAGAGUUGAUAACCAACGUCGUAGGACGGUAGCGACAUUGCGUUUGUUAGGGUUAGUUAAACCAGAGAACUCAAACAUAUCCAGGGUAUGUUGAACUGGCUUCGUCGUACAGGCCUCAGGAGGCAAAUGAGUUAAUUGGGCUGAAUGUGUUUCAGCUGCGGGCCAGAUAGAACAUUCAGCAAAGUUGUGUUUGUCUACGGCAUGGCUGAUGUUCCAAAUACGUUGUCAACAAAGAACCAACAAAUGGGGAGAAGAUUGGAUCUGGAAAUGUUUCCUUUCUCCAGUUAAUCUUAUGAGUUUGCUUGUUUGGGGAUCCACUUCAACAGAAAAAGAGGAGGACCAUUUCUGCAGAGGACUACUUCUUUCAUUCAUCCUGCUCAUCUAUAGAUAAGCUUAUCAAACCCACACAAAUAAACACACUAUCCGGGUAGAUCAACAUUGACUUAAUAUUUUGUUUUAUUUUCAGAGCUCUUAGUUUGUUUUUGUUCAUUUAAUGUAUUCCUCUUUGACUUGAGUCAAGUAAAUGAUUUGAAGGACAUUUCACGGGGAUUAAUAAAGACACUAAUUUUU